AUGUUGAAGAGAGACGGGUGGAAUGGUAUUGAAGGUGAUGUUGUUUUGUUGAGAGGAGAGAUGAACAGAAGUUUGAAGAUUGAGUCAAGGAAGCUGGAUUCCGUGAGUUUAUGGGUUUUGGUUAUGUGCCUCCCCCUUGACUCCGUCAGUUUAUGGGUUUUGGUUAUGUGCCUCCCCCUUGACUCCGUCAGUUUAUGGGUUUUGGUUAUGUGCCUCCCCCUUGACUCCGUCAGUUUAUGGGUUUUGGUUAUGUGCCUCCCCCUUGACUCUGUCAGUUUAUGGGUUUUGGUUAUGUGCCUCCCCCUCGAAUUGUUUCGAUCCCCGCAUAUAUCACCAUACAAAAACCUUAUCAAUCUUUAG